CGUCGUUGUAGUGGACAAGACCAAGUAUAAUGUCCUUCUUUUUGACAUGCAUAACACAAACGUGGUCUACGACGUUGAUACUUCUUUGCUCAAUUCCUUUACUACCGAUACAACUAUUUCAACAACCUUUCCAAUCACUGAAACCAGAUGGUCCGCGUUGUACGAAGAACCGAGAGAAAUAAGACAAAUGAAUACUAACGCCGUUUCCAUUGUAAUUAUCGUUGUACUCUUUAAGAGACAAUUCAUUCUUGAAGACCUAUUCAAUGAACUUGAGCAA